GGAGAGGGCAGCUGUAAACAAACCAGCCACAUCGGACGACCAAAGCUGAUUAUAAUCACUGUGGACUUUCUUGUUAAACACAUUUUGAACCCAUCCGAUCAUGGAUUUGAAUUGUGGCUUGAAGGAAGAAGAAUUUGAAGAGAAUAUUUUCCUGAGACAGGAAAUAAAAAGGGAAACAGAUCGUCAUGACAUCAAACAGGAAGACUCUACAGCAGCGGAGAUCUCCACGUCAUUAGAAGAAGAGGAGGAGCAGGAGCAGCAGCAGGAGCAGGAGGAUCACCGAGAAAUAUGGAUUUCAGAGGACAGUGAAGAGGAAUCUCACCGACAUAUCCCAACUCGUACAAGGGGUCUACAAAGGAUGCCAUCAAACAAAACGUGCACAAUUUUGGAGAAAAGAAGAGGACAACUAUCGUAUGAUUAUUCUGAGUAUGGAAGGACUUUUAUUGAAAUGCAGCCUAUCAAAGCACACCAGAGAAGGGUCAAACCGUUCAAGUGCAUGAAAUGUUGGACAGCGUUUAAAUAUAAAUGUAAUUUAAUGCUACACCAAAAAACUCACAUUGUGAAGGAGCCUUUGGAGUAUAUGACAAGUAGAAAGGCGCUUGGAGCACAUAGUUUUAAGCUAUGUCAGUGUACUACAUGUGGAAAGACAUUCACAUGCAGAUGGACCCUCAAAAUUCACCAGAGACUUCAUAUUGCAGAAAGGCCUUACCAGUGUAGCAUUUAUGGAAUGGCCUUUGCAGCCAAACUUGGUCUACAAAAGCAUCAGAAAACCCAUGCUGGAGAAAAAUCUUACCAGUGCACCAUAUGUGGAAAGGGCUUUUCACAGUCAGGAAACUUAAAGUCUCAUCAGAGAACCCAUACUGGAGAAAAACCUUACCGGUGCAGCGUAUGUGGACAGAGAUUUACGCAGCAAAAAAGUCUAAUUCGCCAUCAGACAAUCCAUACUGGGGAAAAACCUUACCAGUGCAGCACUUGUGGAAAGGCUUUCAGAGAUAAGUGGCAUCUAAAAGAACAUCAGAGAACUCAUACUGGAGAAAGGCCUUAUCAGUGUAGCACAUGUGGUAAGAGCUUUGCAAGGGCAACUCAUCUCAACACUCACCACCAGACAACCCAUGCAGGCGAAAGACCUCACCAGUGCACUACAUGUGGGAAGGCAUUUCCAGACAAAAGUCGUCUCAAGCAGCAUCAGAGAACCCACAGUGGAGAAAAGCCUUAUCAGUGUACUACAUGUGGGAAGGGAUUUGCAGUCAGAUCUACUCUCAAAAGUCACCAGAAAACUCACAGUAACCGGUUUCCUUGUACUAUAUGUGGACAGGCCUGUUUAUCCAGAAGUCAUCUGGACAUGCAUCUGAGAAAUCACACUGGAGAAAGUCGUUACCAGUGUAGCACAUGUGGAAAGGGAUUUGAGGAAAAAUGUAAGCUCAAAAGUCACCAGAGAACACACACCGGUGAGAAACCUUAUCAGUGCACCACAUGUGGAAAAGCCUUUUCACAGAAAUUUUAUCUUACAAACCACCAGAAAACCCACUCAAGUGAGAAAUCUGAUCAGUGUAUCACUUGUGGAAAGUUUUUUGCAUCAAAAGCUAAUCUUGAAGCCCAUAAGAGAAGUCAUACAGGAGAAAAGCCAUUUCUUUGUAGCACGUGUGGAAAAGCAUUUGCAGACAAGCGUAAUCUAAGGGUUCACCUGAGAAUCCAUACUGGAGAAAAACCUUACGUGUGUAGCAUAUGUGGAAAGGGAUUUGUCAAGAAUAGUGAUCUCAAAAUCCAUGACAGAAUGCAUACUGGAGAGAGACCAUAUCAGUGUAGCAUAUGUGGGAAGGCAUUUACAAAGGCAGGUCACCUUAAGGCCCACCAGGGAACCCAUACUGGAGAAUAUGUGUAAUGUCAAGAGAAUCCUUACUGGAGAAUAUGUGCAAUGUUCAGGGAAAUCCAUACUGGAGAUCAUUUGUAAUGCCCAUUGUUGGGAAGGUUAGUUUCAAAAUCUAUUCCCCAAUAGAUUACAGAGCACAUGCCUCAAAAUAGUGUAGUGCAGAGGCCCUUUGGACUCCACUGUGUGUUUCCUCAUAUGAUUCCCUCUCUGUCUGUCUGUAUGUGUGCUAAUGUGCGUUUGUAUCUGUGUGUGUGAAUGUUGUGUCCCACUGCCUUGUAUGUAUGCCAUUAUUCUGAGUGCCAAGCAAUUUUGGGAUGGGUUUUGUUUGAGGGGAGGUGUCUGGGUGGGAACAAUUCAGAGAUUAGACAGGACGCGUAUUGAUAGCGUGUGGGGUAGGCAUGUAAAAUGUAGUGGGUAGUUAAGUAGUCUAAUUGAUUAGUGUAGUGUUUAUUAUUUUUCUUGGGGGACACCUCCUUUUGCCCGUUUUAGUGUGAGAGGGCAGGUAAUAAAAGAAGAAGAAAAUUGUAUUUGCUGCCUCCGUCAUCCUUUGAAGUGGCUACAACUUGGCGCUAAAAUAUAAUGUGCAAUGCAGUCCAUGGAGCUACUCAACGUGGUGAAUAUAAUGUCUCACUUUAAUGAGCACAAUUGCAUUGCUAUAGAUUACAGAGCACAUGCCUCAAUGUAAAGCAUGGAGUUACUCAUGCCUGAUUCUCAUCGACAAAAGAGAAUAACUCAAUUUGGAGUUUGCAAGGCAGGUGAAUAAAUAAAUGAAUUAUUUAGUGGUGGGCCGUUAUCGCUGGUAACACACUGCGAUAAUGUGUGACCCUUAUCGGGUGAUUAAGAAAAGCCAGCACGCUAAUCUAUUGUCAAAGUUGUGUUGGGAGUUUGGGUAUAUGCAAGUCUCCACAGCAUAAGUGGUAUACUAGGGAAAUGUUAUUGUUUGAGGUGAAGUGGUAGAGAGACAUUGUGUGUGAGUAUGAGCCCAACAUACAUUUCCUCAUGCAUUGCAUGGAACACCAACAACAGUCCUGGAAAUCUUGCCUGUGCUAUAGUUGCAAAACACUCAGAGUAAUAAAUGCAUUUUGAAGACCAAACUCAAACUGUCAAUGACUACUCUCCCUAAAUGUUUGCAUUGUGAUAGCGCAUUUGUGACGCAGUAAGAUAUGCCCAUGUCAGACGGUAAACAUGUAACACGGUUGUCACGUUUGAUAAUAGACUGAAUUCAAACUGAAUUCAUUUGGAGUUUUGACUCCUCUGGUAUUCUGCGAACAGUCAGGUUUUGGCCAAAUCGUUGGAUGUUCAGAGUCAUAGAUAGGGCCCACAACAGAGCCUCAUAACAGACUAUCUCUGGUAUGAGGCUCUGUUGUGGG